AUGCCGCUUAAGCUGAAAGAGUCUGUGACGGUAUUUCUAUCCGUCAGAAAGGGAUUAGAGGCGUGUCUUCUAAACGAAAUUAAAAGAAAUCCGCAUCUAAAUCACAUCGAACGAAUACAUUUCAAACGACAGGAAUCUUUGCGUGAUAGCCACCAGAAAGGUGGCAUAACUAAUGAAGGUUUGAUAAAUAAGGGGUUGGACCUUGGGAGCACUAUAAUCCAAUCUGACGGGAUAGACAAGUGGCGCUAUAUUCCGGGGUCUGAAACUACUCAAACAAAGGGAUCUGUGGGUUGCACAAACGCAGAACGCAAAACAAAACUAGUCGAAGGUUGUACCAUCCGAUUACAAUCAGGUGGACUGGAGGUGAAGUGCAACAGGGAGUGGCUUAUAGGUUGCGUGAUUAGUCUGAGGUCCAUUGAAAGCGUAUGGUUGCGUGUGGGAACGCCUUUCAGGUGUCAUAGCGCUGAAGAUCUUACGCAACGUGUGGCAUUAUUACCUUGGGGGAAACACCUACCGCACAUACCGGUAGAAGAUAUCCCUUUACGUGUAAUCAGUAGACACUCGAGCGUUUGGUCCCGCGCAGUCAUCGAGGAAUGCUUAAAGCAAGGCAUACGUUCCUAUUUUAAUCAAAAUACAGAAGUUGUCGCUCUCUCAGAACCGAAAGCUGAUGACUUCUGUAUUUCUGUAACACUCAAUCGGAACACGUGCUACGUCGCAGUUCAAUGCUCGUCCAGGCUUUCCCCUAGGCGAUUCAAUUUCAAUAAUAACCUAAGUUGUGUUGAUAACGAUCGGUUUGCAGAAUUGAAUGCACCAUUCUGGUCGAUUUACAGGACCAAGAUACAGGCACACCUAGACGCCACAAAAAAAUCCUCAAUUGCUGUAUCAAAAGAUACGACACCAAAGUUUCAUCUGGAAUGCGAAACGCAAGCUAAAUCUGUACAACGCGGUAACUUCAUUGAGGAACAACAAUUAUUAGGAGGGGAUAAGUACGAUACUGCAGAUGCACUUACGGCCGGACUUCUGCACGCUGGUAACAUAUUCAAGACGUUCAAAAACACACCACUGCGGGUAAGUUGCUACAUAUGUCUGUUGUAA